GUGUGGAGGCUGUAGCGGCUCAAGCCUCAAGGUCUCCCCAGAAAAACUCUGACGUGACCACCGAACCUCGGUGUUGUGUAUUGUGUAUACUUAUAUGCCACUAUUCUAUUCAUCAUCCAAUCUUGUUUGUGCGUAGAAAAGCCUUUCAAUUUUUCCAGGCGCUUAAGGCUUGUAGAUUCGCCAUCAUAUUUUGACACGUAAGCUAUCAGUUCGUAGUUCUAUCUUGGCGAGGAAACCUUACACAACAAAAUGGAAAGGGUCCUUGUGUUGGCCAUGGUGUUCUGUGCUUGUAAUGGAUUAAUCAGAAAACUACCAGUUGGUGAACCCACCACAAAUGGUGGCUCAAACAUUAAAUUGAGAAUGCCAGGGAUAAUCCCUCAGAAGAAUGACGACUAUCUUUGCACUGCAUUUGAUGCCAGAGAUGAGCAAUUAUACAUCACUCAAUACAAAAUUGAGGGAAGUGCGGAAAGGGCUCACCACAUGCUUCUCUAUGGUUGUUCAGAUGUUCCAUCAACGGAAAUGUCAUGGGAUUGUGGACACCAUGGUGUGUGUUCAGGAUCAUCAAGUAUUAUGUUUGCUUGGGCUAAAAAUGCCCCUCCUACAAGCUUGCCACCUUCAGUUGGCUUUCGUUUCGGAGGCACUCAAACUUCAGUGAAAUAUUUGGUCCUUCAAAUCCAUUAUGCACACACUUUACCUCCUGGUGAAAAAGACUACAGUGGAAUGGAUAUUGAUGUGACUAGUGAAGAACAAAAAUAUAUUGCUGGAAUAUUUUUACUGAUUGGAGGAGCAGUUAUUCCACCAUUCAUGCCAAAGGUUCAUGCUGAUGCCUGUUGUACUGUUAAUGUACCUGCUCCCCUUCACUUAUUCGCAUAUCGCACACAUGCGCACGCAUUGGGACGUGUCAUUACGGGAUACAAGCUUGGACAAAUGAACGGGCAAAUAGAAGAAAUUGCACGAGGAAAUCCGCAAUGGCCACAGGCGUUCUACGGCAUGCCUCACGUAUUUGAUUUAGAAUCGGGUGAUAUUAUUGCUGCAAGGUGCACAUAUGACUCCACUAGCAAGAACGAAACAACGUAUAUGGGAUCAACUGCCGGCGAUGAGAUGUGCAAUUUGUAUCUGAUGUAUUACACGGAUGCAAAAAUUGGAACUUCCUACCAGAUUUGUACUGACCAGUGUUCUCGGGUGCCUACCUUAUUUCCCCUAGACUCUGAUGAACCGCUACCCCCUAAUCCGUUGCUGGAAGAGCAUGCUCUUCAUGGUAGCCAUGGUCAAGAAAAUGGUACCGUAGUAAUUUCCAAUAAAAUGUCAAUUAAUCUCGAGCAAUUGGAAUACAACAACGUCUUUGGUACGACAGGCGAUCCCCAUAAGACGAUUCCAGAGCCUGAAAAAAAAGACCAGAUGGAGUACUUAGCUAAUCAUGGAGGUCAUCGAAAACCUGGUUCACUGCUUCCUGCCCAAGACGAUCAAUUCAGUAACCAUGUCGAAGAAAUUACUCAAACGCACUUUGAAACGAAAACCACAUUAAGACCGGAAAUUACACAAAUCAAAACGUACUCCGAUAAAUACGUUGCUGACUCAAAAUGGUUGUCGACCAUUCAAAGUCAACCUUCGGCGGUUGCUAUCGAUUCUAUGGGGAAUAUAGUCGUCUUUCACAGAGCUGACAGAGCUUGGGGAUUUAAUACUUUUGGUUUCGAUAACCGUUUGGCCGAUCCUAGUAUUGGUCCAAUUGAAGAAGCGACCAUAAUCUUAUUCGAUCAUAUUGACAGUCAAGUAAUCAACAAAGGCGGUCAAAAAAUGUUUUAUCUUCCGCAUGGAUUAACAAUUGAUGAUGAUGAUUGCUUGUGGGUAACGGACGUUGGGGCUCACCAAGUUUUCAAGCUAACCCCAUUGCGGAAGAACACCAAUGGUUUACAGAUUUUACUGGAACUUGGCAAAAAAUUAGAACCUGGAUCUGGAGAUGGAGAGUUUUGCAAACCAACCUCCGUUGCUGUUUUGCCUAGCGGCGAAUUUUUUGUUGCUGAUGGCUACUGUAAUUCUAGAGUUAUUAAAUAUACCAAAGCAGGAAUCAAGAUAUCUGAGUGGAAAGCUGGAACUACAAGUCCUAUGAGUGUUCCUCAUUCGCUAACAUUGGUACCGGAAAGAGAAAUGGUUUGCGUUGCUGAUCGAGAGAACGGUCGGAUCCAAUGUUUUUCGAUUAACGAUGGACGCUUACAAAUGAUUCUGAAAUUUCCUGAAUUCCGAACUAGUCUCUAUGCAGUAGCCUACACAGGCGGGAAUAUGUAUGCCGUCAAUGGACCCUCCUCUUCAAAUGGAAAAGCUGUCCCUGCUGAAGGGUUUAUAAUUGAUAUGAAAGGAUCCGGAGAAAUCGUUUCUGUUUUUGGAAGCAAAGCAAGUACCCAUUUGGGCACACCUCACGCGCUUGCCCUUGGUCCUAAUGGUUCAUCUAUCUACAUUGCUGAUAUAUCCCCUUAUAGAGUUCUCAAGCUUAUACCAGAAGAAGCUGUUGGUAUGGCAUCAAAUCUCAUUAAGACGAAAGAAUCGAUUCAAAAUCCUGCAUCAAAAUCGUCUUCUAUCGAGCAUUUAAUAGAUUUAGACGUUUCUUCGUUUUCUACGUCCAUGAUUAUACUGUCAAUCCUAGCGGUUCCUUUACUCGUAAUCAUCAUCGUCGUUUCCAUCAUAAGGUUGAGACAGCGAGGUUGUUGUUCAGACAGCAAGAGAACUGCUAAACUGGAUUUGGGCAGCUUACUUGGACACCGCGACCCGAUUCGCGGAGGCUUUGAGAAACUUGCAAUGGAAGACAGCGACGGAGAAGGAGAAUUGGAUUCAGAUUCUGACGCUGAUGUGGUUGAGUUCACCAAGGCAAGCGCUUAGGAACUUGAAAAUCCCCCUUCUGAUUUUUUUAUUUUUAUAUUCUGGAAUAUGCACAAGGCCGCGUUCUGUCAUGUCAAAAAGCCUGAGUACUUUAAUCAUAUUUUUUUCUCAUAAUUGAUCUUGGUUGCGAUUGAUCUUCCAUACUCGGCAAACGUUAAUGUUAGACAUUGUUUCAUUUGUGAACAUUCCUUGUAACCUAACAUUUGAAAGGCUGCCUUAUCCACGUUAUCUAAAUUAAGUAUUAAUAUGGUGCAAUCGAAAAUUGGUGUAAUUUUUCUCACUCCUUUUUCUUUGCUUUGACGCCCCUCAAAUUAACUGUAAACUGUGGUUGUGGUUUUACGUUUAGGUUGUGUCGGGGUUGGUUUUAUGUUAUUCAUAAAAUGUGAAUGAAACUCGUGUGGUUUUACAGUAGGUAAGAUACGAAGCUGUGUUGAAAAAACCCCAUUCCGCUUUUUGAUGAUUUAUGGUUUCCUCGGUAGUUUCUUUUAACAAUUUGUUUAAAAAUUCGUUUAUUGUUGAUUGAAGAAUUUGAUGAAUUAUAUCCAGAAUGUAAAAAAAAAUCACAAAUACAAAUGUUACGGCACCGAA